AUGGAAAGGGAUCCAAAAAAAGCAAUAGAACUGCUUACCUGGAUCCAGAAGGCAAUUCCAAAGACUUUUCCAUUUCUAUUAAAAGAUGAAAAUGAUUAUGUAAAAGUUUAUCCACUUAAUCGAUUUCUAGCUCCUCAUGGUAUUACCUCAUAUCAUUUAAGAAAAAUAGGUGCUGAUCAUGCAUCAAGAGUCCAUGGUGGCAAAAAUGAUUCUUGUCGCCAAAGGUAUCGAGAUUUAGCAACGCGUCAUAAAAAAGGAUAUAGAGCUACAGCACGACAUUAUGGUGUGAUGAAUGAUAGGCCAAUUAUUCCAGCACCUAGGCCAACCACCCCUAUGAUUAAAAAAGAAUAUAAUGAAAUUGAGGAUAUUAUCAGCCUAUAUGGAGAAAUUUCUGAUGAUGAUAACUAA